GUGAUUCUCUGCACCAAGGAGGUGUCGGUGGGGGCCCGGAAGAACGCCUUCCUGCUGCUGGUGGAGAUGGGAGAGGCCUUCCUCCGCUUUGGCCCCACGCCGCAAGGGGCCAUGCAGCGGUUCCUGCUCCUGGUCUACGCGGGGCUGACGGGCUCGGUCACCAUGAUCAGCUGCACCUUGCUGGCGCUGACCCGCCUCCUCUUCCAGUUCAAAGAUCACAUGGGGCUGGCGGUGGCGGAGCAGUUGCUGCAGAACGUCUGCCUGCUGCUGGGCUCGCGCACGCGGGACGUGGUCAAGGCGGCCCUGGGCUUCCUCAAGGUGGCGCUGCUGCUGGUGGACGCCCAGCUACUGGCCAAGCACGUCCAGACGAUGCUGGAGGCCGUGGGGCGCCUGACGGACGACAUGAGGCGUCACUUCCGCAUGAAGCUGAGAAACCUCUUCACCAAGUUCAUCCGGAAGUUCGGCUUCGAGCUGGUGCGGGGGCUGCUGCCCGCCGAGUACCACAAGGUGCUGCUGAACAUCCGCAAGGCCGAGGCCCGGAGCCGCAAGCAGCGAGCCCUGAAGCAGGCGGUGGCCGCGAGCGAGGAGGAGGCGCCGGCGCAGCCCAGGGGAGACAGCGUGGAGGAGCUCCUGGCCGACUCAGACUCGGAGCAGGAGGAGGGCGAGAGGCGUGGCGGGAGAGAGCAGAGGAAGCAGGCUCGGCAGAAGAGCCAGGCCUGGCUGAAGGAGGGCGAAGGGGAUGAGCCCCUCAACUUCCUGGACCCCAACGUGGCCCAGAGGGUGCUGGCUACGAAGCCGGGCGGCGGCAGGGCCAGGGAAGCGAGCCAUGACUUCAAGGUGUCGGCGGACGGGCGCCUGAUUAUCCGCGAGGGCCCUGAGGACGAGGACGACGAGGGAGCCAAAGGAGUGGAUGAGGAGAUGGCCGACCUGAUGCAGGAAGUGGGGAUCCGGAGCAAGAAGGCUCAGAAGCGCCGGUUCCGGGAGGAGGCGGAGGACGAGGAGCCGGAGGAUGGGACUCAGACGCACUACAAAGCUGGAGGCUCCGGCAUCCACCGGCGGCUGGGCGCAGGGCCGGCACUUGGGGCAGACUACAAGGCCAAGACAGGCCGAGGUGACGUGAAGAAGAAAGGCCGGCUGGACCCCUAUGCCUACAUCCCGCUGAACAGAGCCAAGCUCAACCGAAGGAAGAAGGCGAAGAUGCAGGGACAGUUCAAGGGGCUGAUGAAGGGGGCCCAGCGGGGGGCUCAGACCGGCCGCAAGCACCGCCAGAAGGAGCGUCGCGUGUGAGGCUUUGAACGCCCCUUCCCCCCACGCCCCCACCAGCCUCGAAGACCCUCCCAGGCCAGACACUGUUCCCUGCCCACCCAGAACCCCGUCUGCCCUUCCUGGGGCUGGUGGUUCUGGGGCAGGGCGGGGGCUCAGCGUGGCCCAGGCAGGAGGAGAUGGACACUGGGUGUGCGAGGUUCGUGGGGCGCCACCAGCGCCCCCCUUGUUCCGGACACUGGUGGGCUCGCAGCUGGGCCCUCCGUUUUGGGGAGGAGGAAGCUGCCUUGCCACGGAGCCAGGCUGGGGACCAGUGACUGGCUACAUUGCACCAGCAUGGUGAGAAAUAAACACGGUGCCCACCUCA